AUGGCCAUAGUUGAUUUCUACCACAUCUACGUCGCCCCUCAUGAGCAUGGGUAAGAAAGGAACGGAAUGUAUCCAGAUAUGCAAGGCACUUAUCUAAUCUGUUGUUUUCACAGGGAUGCCGGCCCGUUGAUGUCUGACGCAGACUAUCGUGCGAUGUGUAGUGCCGUGAGAAUUUAGCAUCCGCCUACACCAAUUUACGUUGAUUCGUUUCUUUUACAGAGGGCCCGGAAGGCAAACCGCACAUUCCAUCUGAGGAUGUUGCGCGAGUUGGGGGAGGAGGACUUCAUCAAGUGGAAAAAGCACGUAUGUGAAUGCAUAGAUAGCACGACAGAAAGGACACAGCAUUGCUUCGUCCCUGUGGGUGUGUUACGAUUAUAGUAUUACUCCCGCAAGCGAGCCGGCAAGGAGGGCCCACAGGGACGCCACCGCAGGACGGCCAAGACCAGACAGACUGUCGUCGACGUCGCGGGUCAGGAAAUGAGAGGAAAGGCGACACCUGUGUUCUCAUGUGUGUGUGGAUUUGCGGCAGCACACCAGUCUGAUGUGCCGGGUGUUUCCUGGCACGAGAAUACCCAGGCCUGGGUGGCUUCAUAG